AUGAUCCUGAUUGACCAACAACCCCCAGCCCCUAUCAUACCCGUGGACCACCACAACGUUGCGAGCCAGUCCUCCUCCCCGCUCCUCUCCCUCCCUUCCGAGCUCCGCAACGCCAUUUACGAAUUGCUUCUGAUCCACGACAUCCGCUAUCCGCUCCACCAACGCCGGCGUCCCCACGACCGCUUCUGCGCCAACAUACUUCGAACGUGUAAGCAAGUCCACGCCGAAGCCGCGCCGAUUUUGUACGGCGAGAAUACCUUCUUAGCGCAUGCGAAUCUCUUGACGACGUUACCUGCCUUCUUGCUGUUCAAGUUGCCGAAUAAUAAAACUACGCUUCCGCCCGUGCUGUAUCCGAGUGUGACGAAGUUGAUUAAGAGAUUCUUCUUUCAUGUGAGGCUGGAUAUUGAUUCGAGGUAUACGAAAGAGCAAGCUACGGAGUGCUUUACGGGGCUGGAGUAUUUGGAGAUUGAAGUCUUUCAGCCUUCGUACGGGACUUGUGAUUUCACGGUUCUGAAAUUGCUGGAAGGGGUUAGAGGGGUAGGCAAAGCAGUUGUGGGCGGUAGCGUUGGGGAUGGAAAUUAUGCGAGAUGGCUAGAAGUUUCGAUGAUGAGUGAGUUGGGAAAAGAACUGGACGAGUACACCGAGGAGUAUGUGGGUGGGGAUAAGGUGAGUGCGGUAGCGUUGUACUGGGACCUCGAUGGUUGA